AUGGCGGAUAAAACAGGACCCUGGGCACAGCAAUCCUUCAGGGAGCGUGUUGAGGAUAAUGUAUAUCCACUAUUCUUGUGUGCUAUAAGAUUUGUGCUAUCGUUAACACAGUUCUCUGUGGCUAUCGAUACCUAUGUCAUGCUGAACGACCUCAAUAGGAUGGAUGAUGAUGCCUUCGAUGUGUCGCUAACAAAUAUCGCCGACACUGCAAACAAUUACGAUUGGGUACCGGUAUUACCUUCCGACAAUCCACCAUCAAAUUAUGGAAAUAAUAAACUCUUUAAUCUGUUCAUAGUUACCCUAGUACACUUCUUCAGGAGACAAGUCGGACUAUUGGUGUUGUACCCGGCCAUGCUGUCACUCAUUUUCAUGACAAUGUUGAGCCUAUUCGAUCUAUUCGAAAUAUUCCAAUCGGCAUUAUCUAGAUCAAAAAUCAGAAGUAUUGGAGUAUGGGCACAAACAGUCAUAUAUGGUAUGACGUUCAUGCUAACCACUAUACAGCUCGUCACCCUGCUAUACGAAAGUAGUGAGAUAUCACAUAUGGAAAUUGUAUACUCGUUCUUAUUUGUAUAUGGGAAGAACACAGGAAGUGGAAAUCCCAUGCUACUCAAGACGGGUGUUAGGUCAUUGAAGUAUCGACUAGUUGCCUGCAUUAUCUUUAACCUGGCAUCACUAGUACCCGAUACAUACCUCAUGCUCGUACGCCUGCUACAACCGCUUAGGUUAUACGUUAUUGUCAAUGCUAUGAAGGUGGCAAGCAGCCUCAUAUGUGUAGGGACAUUCCUAAUGGUCUGCAUUAUAAGGUAUUAUGUCAACGCUUCACUGGACCCGAAACUCUUGGGAGAUAAAACUACAUUAGACAUUAUGAAAAAUAACCAGCUUCUCAAUGUACAAGAUUACUAUCCGCAAACUCAGUGGAACAUGGGAAAAGACGUACAAAAUUCAUCAUUUAUCACACGCGAUCUCACCUAUCUACCAGUGUUCCAUAUGGGAAAAGUUAUUGACUCGCGUUUGGCGGUUACAAUUGAAGAACUGAAAUUGGCCAAGCACGAUACCUCCAAGAUUACUAAUGCACCAUCAUCACAAGAACAGGAUAUUGAAUUCGAAAAGCAGUUGGCAAUGUAUACAUUUGUACAAAAUGGUUAUGCACAAUUGAAGACGGCACUGGAUGUUUUCUUGUAUCUCUCUGGGUACAUCGCAUUUGUAUCAUUUAUAUUUGGGAUGUACGGGUUCGUAUUGGUGGUGAAACGUCAUAAACUGUUGCUAUAUGUCAACUUUGUAGUUGACGUUGCGGCUCUAUUAUGGCAAUUAUGCAAUAUUAUCAUGACAUUCUACCCUAGACAGGCCACAGACUUCUUCUGCGAUGCACCGUUAUAUUUACCCGGGAAUGGAACACUAAAUUUCGAAACUAAUGCAGUGUUUACAUGGAUGUGUAGAGCGAAGUCUUUGGCUACGUUAUUACUCGCAGUUACAUUAGUACAAGGGUGUCUCUACCUUUGCGAUGUAUUUGUGCUAUACGUGUUAUGGCGAUAA